AUGGAUGAAGAAUCGAUGUGGAAAAGCUUUUAUGAUAAGCUACAGCAGCAAAAAUCUUUGGAAGAACAAGUGCAUGACAGUCGUUGUAGUGAUAAAAGCGAAUCCGAUAUGAAUUUUUCUCGGGUCUGCUCACUCGCUAAACAAAAUUUGGUAAGAAUGGAUUCUCGACAUCUUCAUUUGCUAAAGAAACAAGGUUACAUAAAUGGCCAGUGGGUGAAUGCGCAGAGUAAUGAAGUUUUUCCCGUCCUUAACCCGGCAAACGACAAUGUUAUCGCUGAAAUACCAGAUAUGGAUGCGAAGGAUGCUAAAAGGGCUGUCGAUGCAGCAGCCUGUGCAUUUAAAACGUGGAGGGAUACUACUGCAAAGGAGAGGGCGAUUAUUCUAAGAAGGUGGUUUGAUAUAUGUCAGAAAAACAGUGAACAUCUGGCGGAACUUAUAACUGCUGAAGCAGGGAAGCCUCUUGUUGAAUCUAGAGGAGAGAUAACUUAUGGAAACUCAUUUCUAGAGUGGUUUGCAGACACUGCACGUCACAUUAAUGGUGAAGUUAUUCCUAGUCCAUGGCCAAAUAAGCAGAUUAUGGUUACAAGGCAACCUCUAGGUGUAGUUUCAAUUAUAUCACCAUUUAAUUUUCCAUUUGCCAUGAUUACUCGUAAAGUAGGAGCGUUAAUGGCAGCUGGGUGUACCUGUGUCAUAAAACCAGCUGAAGAUACUCCGCUGACAGCAUUGGCUGCAGUGAAACUAGCCGAAGAGGCUGGAGUACCAAAAGGUGUCAUCAAUGUCAUAACUUCUAGUAGAAAAAAUGCUCCUGCUGUUGGUAAAGUUUUGUGUGAGGAUCCUGACGUGGGUUGUAUUUCUUUCACUGGUUCCACAAAUGUUGGCAAAAUUCUUUAUGGAAUGGCAGCAAAAGGUAUUAAAAGAGUAUCUUUAGAGUUAGGAGGAAAUGCUCCAUUUAUUGUUUUCCCAAGUGCUGAUAUAAAUCAUGCUGUUGAACAAGCCAUGCUCGCCAAGUUUAGAAAUAACGGACAAGCAUGUGUGGGAGCAAAUAGGUUCUUGAUACAUGAGGAUGUUUUUGAUGAUUUUGUGAAGCAAUUAAAAUCCAAAAUUAGUAGCAAGUGCAUUUUAGGACCAGGCACAAAAGAAGGUGUCACUUGUGGACCCCUAAUCAAUUUAGAUCAGACUAAGAAAGUAGCCGGUUUGGUCGAUGAUGCAGUAAAUAAGGGUGCCAAAGUAAUGAUCGGUGGAAAAGUUGCAUCAGACAUUGGAGAUAAAUUUUACCAGUCCACAUUACUUGUUGAUGUUAAAAAAGACAUGAAAAUUUACAGUGAGGAAAUAUUUGGCCCUAUUGUAGUAUGCUUGAAAUUUAAAACAGAAAAUGAUGUUUUGGAAAUUGCAAAUAGUACAAGAAGCGGAUUAGCUGCCUAUGUUUUUACUAAAGACCUCGGACAGGCAUUCAGAAUGUCUCGACAACUGGAGUUUGGCAUGGUGGCAAUCAAUGAUGGUGUAUUAUCAGCAGCAGAACCACCAUUCGGUGGAAUUAAGGAAUCUGGAAUUGGUAGAGAGGGAAGUAAGCAUGGGGCUGAGGAAUAUACAGAUAUCAAAUACACAUUAAUACAAGAAGUAGAUGACAGUUUCUUUGAAAAAUUUGGUUCAAUUUUGAAGCAAGUGUCUCAAAAAGCUGCCUUAGAAGAAUCAACACCUCUCGCUCCAUUGAAAGAGGCAGAGGAACAGGAUGGUGAACAAAAGGAGAUAUCAGAAGUUGGAGAAAGCAGAAGUAUUACAAGAGAUUCAGAUAGUGGGAAUGAGACUCUUCUUGAUACAGACUCCGAACCCGAAGAUCCAGAGAAAUUGGAUUUCUAUGUAGAAGCUGUUGGAUGGAAUGUCGAUGAAUUAUACCUGGAGGUACUUUAUGAAAUACUACACAAUGUCGGCGGAAGUGACAUAGGCUGUGAGGUGGGAGCACAAGCGAUGCUCUCAUACGUCCAAGAGGCUUUCAAAAUCUCAAAUGACAAACAUACAGAACUUCUAACGCAAGCUGAAGCCAAGGAACCCCCAGAACUGAUGUUAAACGUAGAAGUGAUUGAAGGAAAGGAUCUAGUUCCUAAAGACCCAAAUGGGUUGAGUGACCCUUUUGUCACAAUUUACCUAACUUCCAAUACAUCGCAUAGAUAUAAUACUUCUGUAAAAUCUAGCACGUUAAACCCGGUUUGGGAGGAACAUUUUUCAUUACCAAUGUCCGGAAACGUUCAAGAAGAUACACUUGUACUAGAAGUUUGGGACUUUGACCCGGCGGAAACAGUUAAGGAAAAGAUGACGAAAAUCUUUGAGGUAAAAGGCGUUAAAGGCCUUAGGAAGUUAAUGAAAGAGAUAGCAAUAACCGCAUCCACUGGCAAACACGACAACGAACUGAUCGGAACAUCUAAUAUACCUCUCAAAUCAAUACCAGCGGGAGGUAUGAUAAUGUGGUUAAAUCUCAGUAAAAAGAGUAAAGUUCGUCGGCAAGGCGUUGUCAAAGUUCGUUUUAACUUUUCAUCCGAGAAGAAUUCACAAGUGGCUGCGCAGGAGCAUCGACAUUUGCUAAGAAUAUUAUUGCUCCACGAAUUGGAGAGUUCAAAGGUAGCGCACUAUUGGUGGUGUGGUAACUUCAGUGCACCGGCAGAAGGUAUACUGACGCAGCACGCUGCGCAAAGUGGUCUAACACAGACAGACAACCUUUUGGCGCAGUGGCUAGUGUUUUGCGCAGUGACAGUAGAUCAUCCGUUGAGCUUCGCGCUUUUUAACAUCCUUUUGGAUAAAAUAACCAAACCGCUACAGUCAGGUCUAGUCAACGAAGAAGAUGUAAAACUCUUUUGGGACGGUACAAAGAAGCUUCUACCAACAUGCUACAGCCACAUAAGGAAACUUAGAAAGAAAACAGCCGGAGAUAAAACAGUUAUGAAAACCCUUCGCGAAGUACUGCGAAUACUUUACAAGUUGUCUUCUCUCGAUGUGCCAGAGACAGUAGACCUGUUUCCCUCUAAUCUCUAUGGCUGGUUAAAAGAUAAUACUGAUGGUAGUAAAUUAUCUAUGUUCGAUGUCCUAAAUCAAGCUGUGGUGCAAGGCGCUGCGGACUGGUUUGUCCAUAUAUUGGAUAACAAUGAGUGUAAAGAUAAAACGGAAGAUUCUAGACUACAGCAUUUGAUAAGGGUGAUUCAGUUGGUCCGAUCGGAUUUGCAACGAGCUAUUGAAUAUUUUGAUAGAGUUUUUGUUGAGGUUAUGAGUUUCCCUUACUCAAAAGCACUUUACGGAGUCUAUGAAGAUAAAAUAGCGUCACUCGUGGAACCAGAGGUGCUGCAAGUGUGCAAGAGUUUAAAACGGUUGAGAUAUAGCGAAGGUUCGACUAAUAGCGUUCAUUUAGCAGGCGGGUUGAAUGGAGCAACAGGGAUGGGCACACCUGAAGUCGGAUCAGAACCUUUAGCGAUGGGAACCACGUUAUUCGAGUUGUACUUGGCAUUGCAGAGAUUCUUAACAUUGGGUCAAGGUCUAAAUGAAGUGGAAUGGAAUUCUUACUCCAUAUCCAAAUUUCAUUCUUGGUUCUUUGGUGGAGUGGCACAAUGGCUGGAUAUCGCUGCAUUCAAAGCGCUCACCCGAAUUGAAAAAGCAGUCGAAUUAGAUAAUUUAGUUCCUGUUGAUGGAAACGUCAAGUACAGUAGCUCGGGUGUUGACACCUUGGCUAUUUUCUACCAGAUCAAAAUUUUCUGGCAGCAACUGGCUUGGCCGGACGUGGAAGGAUGCUAUACGUUUGUUGCGAAAAUUAUUGAUGACAUUUGCCGUUGUUGUGUAUUUUACUCUGACAAAAUGGCGACUCGGGUAGAGAGUGUGGGAACUGUUAGCACGGUGUACGAAGAGCGGUUCGAGGUGACAACUGAAUGGUGUGUUGCCAUCAAUAACAUUGAUUAUGUGCGGCAAAGCUUGCAGCCUUUUGUUGAGGAGCUGGGAAUGGAUGAAAUUAUACAGAAGAUGUGCGAGGCUCGAUCUCCAGUUGAAGCACAGAGAUGUCGAGACACUCUUCACAACGUCAUAGCUAAUGCAAUAGACACGGUGAAAAACAAAAUCGUGGAGCUACUUGAAGUCAUGAUUAAGAAGAUGAUGCCAUCAAUCACCCGUUUCUUGAUGGAAGGAGCUGAACUCUUACACCAAGACUGUUCUAGUAUGGACCGAGUCAUGCGGUAUCUUGAAGCUAACCUGGACACGUUAUAUCAACACCUCAACAACGAAAACUUUUCAAGAACGCUAGAUAUUGUGUGGGAACAACUCGGCGAGGUCCUAUAUGAGUUAAUACAAGCUAAUUUGGAGCACCGCAGGGCAAAGAUAACACGGUAUAUCGACCCGAGACGAUUGACCAAAUCAGCCGCCGCCAACUUAGACGCGGUAAACCAUAGAUUACAGAGCACCUUGUUUAUGUGCUACGAUACACCAACAGUACUUGGUGAUGCUGAGCUUUACACAAGUAUACCACCAAGGUUAUAUAAGGAAGAUACAAUAACGGUAAAGUUUUUCCAGAAACGACGACCACCCGCAUUCUUCUCGAACCUUCACGAAUGUUUAAAGAUAAUGGUGCGAUCGUUCCGGCAAGAUAACAAGGAGAUCUAUACGUCUGAUACGCUUAAGCGAGUGGAAUAUUUACUAAAACUCCACGGUAUGGAGACAAGGGAGUUGAUACACCAGUACCACUUAGAGAGAUGGCAUGAACAGCAGGCCGUUACCGAGCCAAAGAUGGGAUUGUUGACUGUGCGUGCGCAGUUUAUAGAUAAUAAUCUUAAGAUCGAAGUCAUGAACGCUAGGAAUUUGAUGGCCACGGAUUCUAACGGUCUCUGCGACUCAUACGUCCGAGUUGCGUUGUUACCUGAAGACACAUUUAUAAACGUCGAGAAACCUAAGACUCAGACUCAUAACAAAAACCUCUUUCCGUUGUAUGACGAAAUGUUCGUAAUACCCUUAACACCGGAACAGCGUCGCAUCCAAGACGGGCUCUUACACUUCGUGAUAAAGGACAAGGAUAUGUUCAGUGUCAGCAACACAUUUGUGGGUGAAGCCUACGUACAUUUUAGCGAAGUUCCAGAGACGCCCGCGCCGAUUAGCAGUCUGUCGCAACAGCAUUUACCCCUCUCAAGACCCAGUAACAUUGAUGGUGACGCCAUUAAAGCACUGGAGUCAAGACAAGGGGACAAGCAAGCGAGAGAGUUUAUCAAAAAACAGAGACAGAAAAUGCCAAGUAAACAAUUCUUCUCAUUAGGCUGA